CCAGCUGGAGCGACUGCUUGUUGUUGAGAGGGUUUAGCUGACAGUAACUAUAGCAACUACUGACUAGUGGGUUGGAGUAACUAACUAGUCAGGAUGAAAACCCUCCUGGUUGUGUCCUGCUGUCUGCUCUCUGUUGUGUGUGUGGAGGUGUCAGCAGUGAUCCAGGUGUCUAGGGAGGAAGGAGAGGUUGUGAUCAGGUGCACUAUGGACAAUGCAUGGCUGUCCAUCACGGAUAAUGAUAAGUACUUCUGUAAGGGUGAAUGUUCCUACGACAGUGACAUUCUAGUGCAAACUGAGGGGGGUGAGAACUAUGUACAGAAAGGAAGAUAUGAGAUCGAUGACCGUAGAGAUGGUACCUUCACUGUGACCAUCUCUCGACUGCAGAACUCAGACUCAGGGAGGUACCAGUGUGGAGUGAGUAGAACCGGACCAGAUGUACUCCAGGAGGUGAAUCUGACAGUGAGGAAGGCUACACCUAGACCCUCCACUGUGAAGCCCAGACCUGUAACACCGUCAUCUAACCUUCCUACACCGUCAUCUAACCUUCGUACAACAUCGUCUAACCUUCCUACAACGUCCUCUAACCUCCUUGAAACAUCUCCUAACCUCCUUAUAACGUCUCUGAUCACUAACGACCUGGAAAAUACAUCAUCUGAAUGGGGUAUGUUGGUGGUGUAUGCCGGUGUGGGCCUGGUCGUCACGAUGACUGUGUUGGCCCUGGCCCUGCUGGUGUUCUACAGGAAGUGGAGAGCAGGAAACAGGAAGUCACCAGAGCUCUCUGACUGCCUGGCCCUCGACAACCAUGCUGCAGGACAGGGUGACUGUCUCCAGGGUGACUGUGUGUACGAUGAGAUCAGAGAGGAGGACAGACAGGCAGACUCUCUCCCUGCUGGUGCCUCUAGUGUCGCCUCUCCCUCAGCGAGGCCUGCUAGCUGCUCUGCUAGCUGCUCUGCUAGCUGCUCUGCUAACUGCUCUGCUAGCUGCUCUGCUAGCAUCCUCAAUGACUUGUAUGAAAGCGUUAGCUUCCCUAAAGAACCAAGCUACUCAGCAAACGGAACUCCAGAAGAUCUGGUGUAUUCUAUGGCCCAGCGACCCGAAGAUGCUGCAGAACCUGCAAGAUUCUCCACUCCUGACCAGAGCCAAGAUUCUCCAGAGGAAGAUCUCGUCUACUCCAUGGCCCAGUUACGUGAAGACCUGCAGCCCUCCUCGGGGUAGGGUGACUGAGACACACCAGAGACUCUCUCACAACGUUACAACACCACAGAACAGUUUGAAGUGCAGUUGGUCUGACCAUGUCCUGGACUCUGCAGCUGGAGAACCUGGUGCAGAGGUCACUUCACAUAAACAACCUCACA